UUUUCCCAAGUACAGCUGCCGCUUUUCGACCACUGUAGUCUGUGAUGUAAAAUGGCGCUGAGUUCUCAAGGAACAAAGAAAAAAGUUUGCUACUAUUAUGAUGGUGAUGUUGGGAAUUACUACUAUGGCCAGGGGCAUCCCAUGAAGCCACACCGUAUCCGCAUGACACACAACCUCUUGCUGAACUAUGGUCUCUACAGAAAGAUGGAGAUAUACCGACCUCACAAAGCCAGUGGAGAGGAGAUGACCAAGUACCACAGUGAUGACUACAUCAAGUUCCUGCGUUCCAUCCGGCCUGACAACAUGUCGGAGUACAGCAAACAGAUGCAGAGAUUCAACGUUGGUGAAGAUUGCCCUGUGUUUGAUGGCCUGUUUGAGUUCUGCCAGCUCUCAACAGGAGGCUCUGUUGCUGGAGCUGUGAAGCUGAACAAACAGCAGACAGACAUUGCUAUUAACUGGGCUGGAGGUCUCCAUCACGCCAAGAAGUCUGAGGCGUCAGGUUUCUGCUAUGUGAAUGACAUUGUGCUCGCCAUUUUGGAGUUACUGAAAUACCACCAGAGAGUUCUGUACAUAGACAUUGACAUUCACCAUGGAGAUGGAGUGGAGGAAGCGUUCUACACCACAGACCGGGUCAUGACCGUGUCCUUCCACAAGUACGGAGAGUACUUCCCCGGCACUGGAGACCUGAGGGAUAUUGGCGCAGGGAAAGGCAAGUACUAUGCUGUGAAUUACCCUCUGAGAGAUGGGAUAGAUGACGAGUCUUACGAAGCCAUAUUCAAGCCUAUCAUGACUAAAGUGAUGGAGAUGUACCAGCCUAGUGCAGUGGUUCUUCAGUGUGGAGCUGACUCUCUCUCGGGAGACAGGCUUGGCUGCUUUAACCUCACCAUCAAAGGCCAUGCUAAGUGUGUGGAGUACAUGAAGAGCUUCAACCUGCCCCUGCUGAUGCUGGGGGGUGGAGGCUAUACCAUCCGGAACGUGGCCCGCUGCUGGACCUAUGAGACAGCUGUGGCCCUAGACAGCUCCAUACCAAACGAGCUUCCAUACAAUGAUUACUUUGAGUACUUUGGGCCAGACUUCAAACUGCACAUCAGUCCCUCCAACAUGACCAACCAGAACACCAACGACUACCUAGAGAAGAUCAAGCAGCGUCUGUUUGAGAACCUUCGAAUGCUGCCCCACGCCCCGGGGGUCCAGAUGCAGGCCAUCCCAGAAGACGCCGUGCAGGAGGACAGUGGAGACGAGGAGGAGGAAGACCCUAACAAACGCAUAUCCAUUCGCGCCCAUGACAAGAGGAUAGCGUGUGACGAGGAGUUCUCAGACUCUGAGGACGAGGCUGAGGGUCAAGGGGGCGGACGGAGAAAUGCUGCCAGCUUCAAGAAAGCCAAGAGAACAAAGACUGAAGAAGACAAAGAAAAAGAGGGUGAAGAGAAGAAAGCAGGUGAUGAAAAGAAAGCUGAUGACAAGAAAGGCCAAAAGAGGAGUCCAAGACACCGUGAGGAGCUCCUAGCCAUCUUUUUAAAGCAAAUCACACCUGGGCCUAGUUUCCCAAAAGCAUCUGAAGGCUAAGUUCGUUAUAACGAUAUGGAUUAUUUUGCGUUUGGGAAACCGGGCCAUGUUGAGAAUAGUUCUGUUUGCCAGACCAGUCACCUUUACUGGCUGCUGCAAGGGAAAAUCCCACCCCUCCAGAUUGAAAUGGGCUAAACAUGUAUUUUCUAGAACACUUAAUGUUGCAAUUUUUAUAAGUACUGCUGUUUUUGUAUGCUUUAAGCCCAUUUUGCUUUAUCCUAUGAAUACUUCUCCCCUUACCCAAACAAAUGUAGUCUACAGUAUAUUAAAGGCCUGGCAUAAAAUAUUAUGCAUUUUAUAAAUUUCAGUUUUAAUUUAAAUCAUAGAUAUGUUGCCAUCUCUUGUACCCCCUUUUGUAUUUUGUCCCACUGUCGUCCUGUGCCUUUGGAAACAUGACAUGAAGUACACUUCUCAAAGAUGUAUUCAUUCUGUGUUACCGGCUAAAGCUACUCUGAGCAAUAUUGUCCGGAGGAUAGAAUUAACCUGAAUACUACACCAGGCGUACAGUAUGUGAUAAAACAUAAAUAAUCUAAUGACUUCCAUGUAUUGUAUUUUUAAACAUGUCAUUGUUUAGUUCCAAUGAAAUCAGAGUUCCUGGA